AAAGGUGAAGCCUGAUAAACAUUGAAACGUAAAAUUAUAUUUGUCUGUGAUUUUUCGUAUUUUCACUAGUUUUAGAAUGAGCGAACAACUUGUAACAGAAGUGCCGUCAAGCCUUAAACAGCUUGCAAGAUUUGUUGUAAGAGGAUUCUACACAAUAGAAGAUGCACUGAUAAUUGAUAUGUUGGUACGUAAUCCUUGCCUAAGAGAAGAAGACAUUGGAGAACUCUUAAAAUUUGAGAAAAAGCAACUUCGAGCGCGAUUAACAGAAUUAAAAAAUGAUAAAUUCAUCCAUUCGAGACUUAAAAUGGAGACAGGCCCUGAUGGGAAAGCACAUAAGGUUAAUUAUUAUUUUAUCAACUACAAAACAUUUGUCAAUGUCAUAAAGUAUAAACUUGACUUGAUGCGCAAAAGACUUGAAACUGAAGAACGUGAUGCAACUUCACGAGCAAGCUUUAAAUGCACAAAUUGCAGUAAAGCCUUCACAGAUCUCGAAGUGGAUCAACUUUUCGAUUUCAACACUGGUGAAUUCUCUUGUUUGUUUUGUGGAAACGCCGUCGUUGAAGAUUUGUCUGCGAUGCCUAAGAAAGAUUCUCGACUUAUGCUCGCAAGGUUUAACGAGCAGCUUCAACCCUUAUAUGAUUUAUUAAGAGAAGUCGAGGGAAUCAAAUUAGCUCCAGAAGUUCUUGAACCUGAACCAGUUGACAUCGAUUUCAUUCGAGGAAUAGCAAAGCCAAACGAUGCAAGUGCAACUGAAGUGUGGUCAGGAGAAGCAACAAGAUCUGGUGGAUUUGCAGUUGAAGAAACUCGCGUUAAUAUUACCAUUGGAGAUGCUGAUGCCACAGAUUCUUUGAUACCCAAAAAGGAGAGACCGAUAUGGAUGACAGAAAGUACUGUUGUCGGCACAAAUGAUCUUGAGGAUCAAAACGAUCCCGAAUCCCUUUUGGAAAAAGUCGCUCAAACAUCAUCACAAUCCAAUUCGUGGUCGAAUUCAAAAACAUCAUCUUCAUCUACGAAAAACAAAAAGGAAAACGAAGAAAACAUCAUGUCAGUGUUAUUAGCACAUGAAAAACAAACAACAAAAGCGAAUACAGAUGCGAUAAAAAAUCUAAACACAAAUGAUAAUGAUUCUAGCGGUGAUUCCAGUGGUGAUGAUGAUGACGAAAUAGAUCGCACAGAAAUACCUGACAUAAGCAUAAUUAAUGAUGAUGACGAUUCUGAUGAUGAUGUGCCAACAGUCAUGGUUGGUAAUAAACCAUAUCCUGUGAGUGAAGUCAUGGACAAUACUGAUCUCAUUGCUAAAAUGUCACCUCAUGAAAAAGCUCGCUAUAUUCAAAUUUGUCAGGAUUAUUAUGAACAAAAUCUGAUGUAAAUAAAAGUUUUCAAGAAAGAAUAAAUAA